UCAGGUCUACAAAUCUUAUAAUUCUGCUAGAGGAUGAAAUCUUUGCCGACUUUUUCAACACAUUUCUUUCUCUCCCGGUUUUUGGUCAGACACCAUUUUAUACUGUUGAAAAUUCACAGUGGAGCUUGUGGCCAGAAAUACCUUGUAACUUGAUUGCCAAAUACAAAGGAUUAUUGACCUGGUUGGAAAAAUACCGAUUACCUUUCUUCUGUAAAACAAACUUGUGUUUCCAUUACAUUCUCUGUCAGGAGCUCAUCAGUUUCAUUAAGUCCCCAGAAGGAGCCAAGAUGAUGAGAUGGAAAAAGGCAGACCAGUGGCUACUCCAGAAAUGCAUUGGCGGGGUCAGAGGGAUGUGGCGCUUCUGCUCCUACCUCACAGGCAGUGCAGGUGAAGAACUGGUGGAUUUCUGGAUUCUUGCUGAGAAGAUCCUGAGCAUAAAUGAGAUGGACCUGGAAGUGAGAGACCACUACCUGUCCCUCCUCCUCAUGCUGAGGGCCACUCAUCUGCAAGAGGGGUCCAGGGUAGUAACCCUCUGCAACAUGAACAUCAAGUCCCUCCUGAACCUCUCCAUCUGGCAUCCCAAUCAGUCAACCACUAGGAGGGAGAUCCUAAGCCACAUGCAGAAAGUGGCUCUGUUCAAACUCCAGAGCUACUGGCUUCCUAACUUUUACACCCACACCAAGAUGACUAUGGCCAAGGAGGAAGCAUGCCAUGGUCUGAUGCAGGAGUAUGAGACUCAAUUAUACAGCGUUUGCUACACUCACGUAGGAGGGCCUCCUCUGAACAUGAGCAUCAAGAAGUGCCACCACUUUCAGAAACAGUACUCAUGCAGGAAAGCCAAGAGGAAGAUGUGGCAAUUGGUAGAUCCUGACUCUUGGUCUCUGGAAAUGGACAUCAAGCCAGAUACUAUCAGUAUGCCCCUACAGGAGACACGUUCUCAAGAGAAGGUGAUUAUACAAAUGCCUUCCCUGAAAAUGUCUUCUUCAAAGGAAACAAGAAUCAGUUCCCUGGAAAAGGAUAUGCAUUACGCAAAAACACCCAGCAUGAAGGAUAAAGCCAACAGCCACCUUCACAUGGAGGGUCUCUUUGAGACAAAGGUCUCUACCCACCUGAGGACUGUCACCCCCAUCGUCAACCCCUCCUUCAAGAUGACGAUUCAGAAGGCCAUCAAGCAAGGCUUCUCCUUAGGAUACACCCACUUGGCCUUGUGUGCUGAUGCCUGUGCAGGGAACCCUUUCCGGGACCACCUGAAGAAGCUGAAUUUGAAAGUGGAGACCCAACUUCUUGACCUCUGGCAGGACCUGCACCAUUUCCUCAGUGUCCUUUUGAAUAACAAGAAGAAUGGGAAUACAAUCUUUCGUCACUUGCUGGGUGACAGAAUCUGCGAGCUCCACCUGAAUGAACAGAUUGGUCCACGCUUACCACUCAAAUCCCAAACCAUGCAGGGCCUGAAGGAACUCUUGCCUUCUGGAGAUGUGAUUCCCUGGAUUUCCAAAGCCCAGAAGGAGAUUUGCAAGAUGCUCAGUCCCUGGUAUGAUGAAUUCCUGGAUGAAGAGGACUACUGGUUUCUCAUUUUUACAACACAGAACAAGUUCAUCAGCUCCAGACGGCAUAAAAGAGAAUUUAUGGGCAAAGAAGAGAGCAUUCUUCUUUAUAAGAGGAUUCAGCAGUCUUUGGAGUUAAGCCAGGCUUUGGCUGACAUGAAGGAAAUGGACGCUACGCAGUGGAGAAAGAUAGCUACGGAGGACCUGAGACGAGGAGGGUCUCUCCAGGUGGAGCUGACUUCUCCGGUGUUUCUAACAGACAUAACUAAAAUGUCCUUCGAGGAACUCUGCUACAAGAAUCCAAAGAUGGCCAUAGAGAAGAUCAGUGAUGACUACAAAAUAUACUGUGAGAAAGCACCGAAAAGCGAUUUUGCAAUGGAAAUUUUCAAGAAACAAAAGAGAGCUUCACGCUCAAACAGGAAAAUGUCCUUCCUCAAAAAAUCUAGUGUAAGGAAGCCAUCAGUGAGACCCAGAAAUUUGACAGAAGUCCUCUUAAAUACACAGCACUUGGAGUUCUUCAGGGAGUUCCUCGAAGAACGGAAGGCUGGAAGCCCAUUGCAAUUCCUGAUAGCUGUACAGAAGAUCAGUAUAGAGACCAAUGAAAAGACAUGCAAGUCUCUCAUAGAAAAAGUAGUCAACACUUUCUUCCAUGGCCACCUCUCUCCUGAAGAAAUGCUGCAGUGUGAUGCCCCUAUUAUCAAAGAAAUCACUCACAUGCAUCAUGUGACCAUGACCAAAUUGUUAGAGCUCCAGGGACAUAUUAUGAAAUCUAUAGAAGAAAAGUGGUUUAAAGAAUAUCAAGACCUGUUCCCACCUCACUCUCAGGAGGUGGAAGUACAAAGUGAAGUACAACCUUCAUCUAGGAAAGCCUCAAAGACAGUGUCAACUUGCCUACAGGAAUUCCAGAAGAAAGGCUGGCUGAGAAUGAUCAGCUUUAUCAGGAGCUUUUGCAAGUACCGCAGAUUUAUGUCGAAUCCUAGUAAGCGCCAGGAAUUUGAAGACUAUCUUCACCAGGAAAUGCAAAAUAGCAAGGAAAAUUUCACCUCACCACACAGCACAUCGGGACGUUCAGCUCCAUCCACCGCAAACGUCCGGAGUGCAGACCAAGAGAAUGGAGAAACAACCCUUGUAAAGCGCCGUAUAUUUGGCCACAGGAUUAUCACUGUCAACUUUGUGAUCAAUGAUCUAUAUUUCUUUUCCGAAAUGGAGAGAUUUAAUGAUCUGGUGAGUUCAACCCAUGUGCUGCAGGUCAACCGGGUAUACAACGAGAAUGAUGUGAUCCUAAUGCGCUCCAAAAUUAACAUUAUCCAAAAGCUCUUCCUGAACUCUGACAUCCCUCCAAAGCUGAGGGUGAAUAUCUCUGAAUCCCAGAAGGAUGCCAUCCUUGCUGCCAUCACAGAGGGCAACCUAGAUCGGAGCGUAUUCCACGGGGCUAUCAUGUCUGUCUUCCCCAUCAUUAUGUACUUCUGGAAAAGGUUUUGUUUCUGGAAGGUGACCCGCUCUUACUUACAGCAUAGGGGGAAGAAGUUCAAGGAUAGAAAAAGCUCUCCUAAAUCUGUGGACAAGUAUUCCUUGUGGAGUGGAGGAGACAAUGCCAUCUUAAGGUUCACCUUGCUCAGAGGUAUCGAGUGGUUGCACCCUCAAUGGGAAGCCAUAAGUUCAGCUCAAAAUUCUUCAUCAAGCAACCUUACUCAGCCAAGAUUCAUGAUAUCUGCCAUGCAGCUGUAUCCUGUCCAGGGACAAAAAUCCUACAUCAAAAAAGAGAAGUAAUUAAGCCAGACCCCCAACAGAGGCAGAUCAUCUCUCAGAGGCCUCCUAACACUGACAGAACCUUCUCUGGUCAAAAAUGAAAGGCCCUAGUGCCAUCUUCCCCAGGAAUGAUCAAGAAGAGUAAUGGGGUAACGGCCCAGAUAUGGCAGGACCAGACUGCAAUGGAAGUAUGAAAAGACAUCUGUCCCUCAUUCUGAGAGCCUCCAACUGAUCCAAGUGUCGUCCAGAGGAGGAGGUUGCUCGUGUAUGCAGGACCUCAGGGUGCCGGCCCUCACCCAUACACCUCCAGGGCUGCAGGUCGUUAGCCAGAAUAAAGGAAUAAAUUCACAAUCUGUGGGCUUGCCAUCCUCUUCUUAAGUAAAAGAGCACAGGGAAAGUGAUAAGUUGCUCCCAAGAGGGCUCCCAAGGCCAUGUCCAAUCCAAGUGAUUCAUGGAUACAAUACUUCUCUUCACAGAAGUAUUGUAUCUUGAAGACCCAAGAAGACCCAUUGUAACUGAAGACCCAAGCCAGCCAGUCCCACCCAGUGGCUUUGACACGGGGGCCCUCCCACACCAACAGAGUCCAGACCAGGAGGCCCUGCUGCCCUUCCUUCAGAGCUCACGGUUUUCCAUGAGGCAGUCUUGUUUAAAUCCUAUCUCUGCUCCUAGCAACUUUGUGAUCAUCAGCAAAUUACUUACCCUCGCUGACUCCCAGCACUGUAUGUGAAAUGGA